GACAGAUGUUCGUUGACGGCAACUCUACUUGUCUAUACUCAGCUUCCUUUCUUUCAUUCACAGAAUCGGAAAGGAUACGAAAAACUCAUUUUUUUAUACUAUUACUUUUACAAAUAUACUUACAAUUUAAGUAAGGAGUCAUGCGAUUAGCAAUAUUUAGUGUAAUUUACGCAUUUACAUGUUUUUAAAGUGUAUAUUUUAAGUCAAAUAAUUUAGUGUUUUGUUAGGUUAGGAUCAUACUAUGGCUAGUAUCUGAGAGUUAUUGUUUCAAAUUUUUUAUAGUUUUUACCCGUGUAAAAUCAUGGAUUUUGUGAAAAGAGAGGACCAGAAUGUCAUGGACGAUGAUAAUUACAAGUUUUACCUCGAAAGCCUGCAAAGGUCACAUCACCUCGAACCAACGGAUUACCAGCACUCUCCACUAUCGAUGGAGCAACUCCAUCAAGCGAUGCAAUCGUCAGUAGCGAGUACAAUCGUCCACAACCUAGAACUACCUCUGUCUCCUCGACAAAUAUCAUCCUUAAUGCUAAAAACGAAUCAUCUGCAACGGAACCUAAACUUCAACGAAGUUCCAGCUCACAUGCAACGAAAUAUCACAUCGGAAUUGGAUCUAGUGCAUAAUCUAAACGAACUACCUCAAAAUCUAAAUAGGCAUGAUGACUUAUUAGGGCAGAAUCUGAGCAGGAAUCUAGAUUUGUCUCUAAGAUCUUUAGGAUCCGAUCUGGACCUUCAGAACAAUUUAAGUCAACUGGCGCAGAAUUUGAACGAGAAUUUGACCGCGGAUUUGAGUCGUAUAAGCGAUUUGAGAACAGAUAUGCCUCACGAUUUAAGCCAUGAAAUAGAUUUGUCGCAUCAUUUAAAUAGGCCAAGUAUGGAUCAAGAGAUUUUGGGCCAAGAUGAGACGAGACGGACUCCCAUAGUGAUGCAGGAUCCUCAUAUGUUGGAUCAAAGUUUGGGGCCAAGGUUGGGGGCUCCGAUGAAUGUCCAUGAACGGUUGGACCAACAGGAACAUAUGUUACCAAUGCCAUUUCAUAUUAAGUCGGAACAAGAAGAUGAUGGAUAUUUUUACGAAAAUAUCAAUCCGGUCAUCAACAGUGUUUCGAGUUUAAAUGGUUUGACACCCGACCACACACAGCCACAACAACCUGUCCACCCAGACAACCAAAUGUACGUAUACAACACACAUGUAAACGUUCCUGCGUUAAAUUCCAUAGACCUCUACUCUAGACCACAAAACUACGUUCAAAAUUACACAAACAUAAGAGAAAAUCCACAAAAUCUAGUCGUGCAUAGGCAGUUUGAGAACGCUAGCCCUUACCAGGAAGAUUUUAAAAAGUUACGCCAAGAUGGCGGACUUAAUAAUGGCGCGAAAGAAAAAUGUGAAGAGCCGAAAGAGAAUUUGAAACCAACGGACGAAAAUAAGAUAUACUAUUCGGAGUACAGUCAGAAUUUUUCCGAAGCAAAAAAUGAGAACGAUUCCAGCGUCCAAAAUAAGAUUACUGAAGAUAUUUCAAUGAAUAUAAAAGGGCAGUAUAUUUGUUAUAAGUGUAAUGAUGUUUUUCCCUCAAAAAGGGGGUUGAAACACCAUUCAAAAUCGUGUACUGAUAACGAUCAAUUAGUAGAAAAAGUUGGGAAAUUCAGUUGUAGUCAAUGUGCAUACAGAUGUCAAUCUCCCGCGAUUUUAAAGAUCCAUGAACGAACGCAUUCCGGAGAAAAGCCGUUCUCAUGCACGUUCUGCGAUUACAAAUCUGGACAGAAGAAUAAUGUAGCUAAACAUAUCCUAGUUCAUAUGAAAGAGAAACCAUUUAGGUGUCAGUACUGCGACUAUAGAUGUGCGCAGAAAAAUAACUUAGUCGUUCACGAACGGACGCAUACAGGAUACAAGCCAUUCGCGUGCCCAUUUUGCGAAUACAGAACGGUGCAGAAACCUAAUUUAGUUAAGCAUAUGUAUUUGCAUACGGACCAAAAGCCUUUUAGUUGUGAUAUGUGUUCUUAUAGAUGUGUCCAAAAGACGAACCUAACAAAGCAUAAACAGAGGCACUUAAAUGAAAAAGAGGGUGAUAAAAUUGACAUUAAGAACCAAAGUAAACCUUAUAGACCUCGACAGAAAUCUGUAAAAUGCCCCCACUGCCCUUACCGGUGUGUCCAAAAAUCUAGCAUGGAGAAACAUCUCCAGUUCAAACAUGGGACUCAAGAAGAUUUUGAGAAUGGCCUGAAUCUAAUGAAGAGUCCAGAAGACACGGAAAGUAUAAAUUUGAGUGUGAAAAAAGAUUUUGAGUGCCAACAGAAAGAUAGUGUAAGCGAACACUCAUAGUUUUUAGUUUUUAGGAGCUUUUUAUGUGUAGAAAGGUGAUGUAGUGUAGUCUAUUGCAUUUUGGGAACGGAAUACGUGAUUAAUACUUUAUUCUUAAUUGCUGUUACAAUUCUACUCUACUCUGUAAUAGGAAAUAACUGCUGUGGAAUCGUUUAAUGGGAUACUUAUGGGCUUUAGCAAUUUUCGGAACAAACUCGUUACUAAGGAAUAGUUAAGGUGAUCAUUAAAGGUCAGAGUAUGGCAGUAUAAAAUGAGGUUGAAUCUUUUUACCCUCUUUUUUAAUUCGUUGUCAUGUAAUGAAUGCAAUAGACUAUCAAUCACUAAACAUUAUUUUUAUAAUAAGCUCCAAUUUAUUUGUUUUUAUUUUUACAAUAAAAUAGUGUAUAUGGGUAACAGAGAUGGAAUGGACUGGUCAAUACUAUUUUAAUUAUGAUAGAAAGAGAUAUAACGACUGUACGACUUUAUAAUAAUUUUUCAUCUUUAUUCAUCUUUGUUUAAUUAUCAUCAUGAGUCCGUUUUCGCUACUGGAUAUAGCCUUCUUCAAUAUCCACUGAGCUUGGUCUUCAGCUCUUCGCAAUCACUGCCAGCUACACCGCGGAUAUCGUCUCUACAAAUAGCCCAAAAAUCUUUCUACGUAUCAUCACAUUAAUAGCAUUUAAAAGUGCUCAUUGCUGACCAAAGGUACCCACACGGAGAAGGUUUCAGCAUUACUCACCACACUUGCUCAAACUAUAAUUUCUUUAUAUGUUGUAUGCCAAUCAAUGUGUUAGAAGAAGAAAAGAAAGUCGCAAUAUCGUUAUAUCUCUUUCUCGCAUGGUAAACAAAUAUAUGUCAGUCUAUUCUAUGUCUUUAACGAAAUAAUUAUGAAUAAAAUUUCUUUUGUAAAUAUUAUCAAUUAAUUAAUAUAAUAAUAUGUAGGUAGAAAUAAUUGAAUUACAAUUUUAUGAGAUUAUUUUUUACUCGGAUUUUUGCCAUUUAACAUCCCUUUGUCAGUCAAAGCGAAAUACCAAUUAGUAACAGAAAAUUCAACCCUAUCUCCAUAUAAUAAUGCACAAAUUACUUCGCUGAUUAAAAAAUAUUCAAAAGUAAAGGCAAGGUACUCCAUCGUUACUCUUUUUAAACAAAAAGUUAAUCGGAAACAACCCCUAUUGCCUGAAUAAUAAAGGUUAUCAAUGUUAGAUUGUUGACGCAAACGGAUUUCUAGCAGGGUUUGUCCGAAGAUAAGAGAAUAUAUAAAAAUAUUUAAUGUUUUUGUUAAUAUUGAUGUGUUUUGAUAACCAUAUCAUGUUCUUGUAGUACCAAUUACAUAAAUGAAGGUAUAACUAUAUUUUUAAAUAUAGAAUUGAAAAUAUAAUCGAGCGCCAAACACGGAUAACUAUCGCAUUCGUGACGUAAUAGUAUCGAACGCGUUCAUGUUCUCUGAUUGGUUGGUUUAUUGGAGCCCGCCAAUCAGAACAGCAGGUGUGAUGUUAAUAUAUAUACGGCUAACGAAAUUAUUUAGUAUGUAUGUAAGAAAACAAAGAUAGAUUCAGUACAGAGACAGUAACCAUUGGUUGU